CACGUGUGUCCGCAGCAGUAGUAACCGGCUCUCGGCUGCGGGUUCUCCGUCCGCCCUCUUCUCCAGAACCAGAACCAUGUCGUGGCUGUUUGGUCUGAACCGCGGUCAGCCCGAGCCUCCUCCGGACCUGCCCGUGCCUCCACCGCCGCCGCCUCCGCCGGGGGGCUCGGGGGGCUCCGGGGGAGACAAACCCAAGGACAAGUGGAGCAACUUCGACCCCACCGGGCUGGAGCGGGCGGCCCAGGCGGCCAGAGAGCUCGACAAGUCCCGUCAUGCUAAAGAGGCGCUGGACCUGGCCCGCAUGCAGGAGCAGACGGUUCAGAUGGAGCAUCAGAGUAAGAUGAAGGAGUACGAAGCAGCGCUGGAGCAGCUGAAAGGUGAUCAGAUCCGCAUCCAGGCGGAGGAGAGGAGGAAAACGCUGAACGAGGAAACCAAACAGCAUCAGGCGAGAGCUCAGUACCAGGAUAAACUGGCCAGGCAGCGCUAUGAGGACCAGCUACGGCAGCAGCAAGCUCUUAAUGAGGAGAACCUGCGGAGGCAGGAGGAGUCCGUGCAGAAGCAGGAGGCCAUGAGGAAAGCCACCAUCGAGCAUGAGAUGGAGCUGAGGCACAAGAAUGAGAUGAUGCGGGUGGAGGCCGAGGCUAAAGCUCGAGCGCGGGUGGAGAGGGAGAACGCCGACAUCAUCCGGGAACAAAUCCGCCUUAAAGCAGCGGAACACCGGCAGACGGUUCUGGAAAGUAUACAGACUGCUGGUGCCGUGUUUGGGGAGGGCUUCAAGGCUUUUAUUUCAGACUGGGACAAAGUGACUGCGACGGUGGCAGGGUUGACUCUGCUGGCUGUCGGUGUGUAUUCUGCGCGGAAUGCUACGGGCGUGGCAGCGCGGUACAUCGAGGCUCGACUCGGUAAGCCGUCUCUGGUGAGAGAGACCUCGCGCAUCACGGUGACGGAGGCCAUCAAACACCCCAUCAAGAUGACCAGGAGGUUGAUGAGUAAGCCUCAGGAUGCGCUGGAGGGAGUUGUGCUCAGUCCGUCGCUGGAGGAGCGCGUCCGCGACAUCGCCAUAGCAACACGCAACACCCGUCAGAACCGGGGUCUCUACAGGAACAUCCUGAUGUACGGACCACCUGGGACGGGAAAGACGCUCUUCGCCAAGAAAUUGGCAGUGCAUUCUGGGAUGGACUAUGCCAUCAUGACCGGUGGGGACGUCGCCCCCAUGGGGCGGGAUGGUGUAACUGCCAUGCACAAAGUGUUCGACUGGGCCAGCACCAGCCGCCGAGGCCUGCUGCUGUUUGUGGAUGAAGCUGAUGCAUUCCUGCGCAAGAGAGCCACUGAGAAAAUCAGUGAGGAUCUGCGAGCGACGCUGAACGCAUUCCUGUACCGCACUGGAGAGCAGAGCAACAAGUUUAUGUUGGUUUUGGCCAGUAAUCAGCCCGAGCAGUUCGACUGGGCCAUUAAUGACCGUAUUGAUGAAAUCGUGAACUUCGCCCUCCCCGGCCCUGAGGAGAGAGAGCGGCUCGUCCGGCUUUACUUUGACAGAUACGUACUGGAGCCGGCCACCGGGGGGAGACAGCGGCUGAAGCUGGCUCAGUUUGACUAUGGAAAGAAAUGUUCUGAAAUCGCUAAGAGAACAGAGGGCAUGUCCGGCCGAGAGAUUUCCAAACUGGGCGUGGCCUGGCAGGCUGCCGCGUACUCCUCUGAGGACGGUGUGCUGACGGAGGCGAUGAUUGACGCUCGCGUGGACGACGCUGUCCGCCAGCACAUGCAGAAGAUGGACUGGCUGCAGGACACGGAGGGCAUCACUAUGUCUCCCAGCCACCAGGGGGCAGCAGCAGGCAAAGGUGCCAAAAUGGGCUUCAUUGUGCCUCAGAAUGCCCCUCCUCAAGCUCAGGAGGUGCUGUCUCCCUUACAGGAGCGCUCCCCUGCUCCGGACUCUACCAUCACGCCAGGGGAGGGGGGUUCAGCUGCAGAGAAAGAGACUGUUCCAUUUGCAGGAGAAGGGGCAGCAGAAGAUAAACAAACUGGGAAGAAAGAAGUGCCACCCAGGGAGGGCACACCGGUUUAACUGGAGUCCAGUUCAGGGGCCGUAUUAACACCACACUGCAGAACAGGGCAGCCGGUCCUGGGCCAGAUGUGUGUUUACAUACAUGUAUGUAUGCGGAGAUCAGCGCAGACAGAAGCAGCCUGGUUCUAGAUCAGAAUUUCUAAGAUGAAAUAACCCCAGACUGAGUGGGUAACUCUGGGUGACUCCAUAGAGGUGCUGUAUCUGGUUAAUAAUAAUAAUAAUAAUAAUAAUAAUAAUAAAAUGAAGGAUCAGUGAAUUUGUAUGGACCUUUAUGAAAUCGCUGUCACUCACACAUUCAGUCGGCUCUGUGGACGAAUCCAGACCGGUUCUGUUUAAAAUCCAGUGCACAAGAUUAGUUUAUUUUUAUUUCUAGUGCACAAUAUGGACAAAAUACUAUAUUGUGAUUUACACUGCUACACACUGCAACUGCAGUUUACCUAACAUUACAUUAAAAUGCACUGGGAAUGCAAUAAUGACACAUUUAAAGACUGACUGGCAUUAAUUUGACCCUAAUUAUUUACUUUUAAGAUUCCAUGAAUAACUUAAUUCAUCUAAAAAAGAAAAAAAAACACACUGAUCUGGAACUGUGAUUGGUCAGAAUGCUCACAACAGAGAAAGGGCUCAUUUGCAUAUCGAAGCCCAGCUGUACCUACACUUAUAAAAUAAGAUGGCUCCUCAAGUUUACUUUAGUAAAGUCAAUGGUUCUAUUUAGAACCAUGAGAUCCAAGAAUUUGUUUCUUAGCAUGGUGAAAUCAGUCUUCAGGGUUCUGUGUAGAACGUUUUUGAAAAUGGUUCUGCGUAGCAGCAAAAGGGGUUCUUCUGUUGCCACGAUAUUUACAACACAUUCUCUGUCAGUCUGAAGGUCUAUUUCAUCAUGCAAAGAACCAUUUAAUCGGGCAAAUGUACUCUUUGAGUGUUGUCUUUAAUAAAGAACCCUUGAAGAACCGUCUUCAUUUGAGAGUGUAGAUAAUUCACUCACAUCCUCAGAAGAGGCGUCCAUCACCAUUUUGACUCUCUUUCAAUCAUCAUAUUCAUCCCCUGGAGGAAAGAACUAUUGAAGCACGGAAUGGUUCUAAACAGAACCAUUGCCUUUACUAAAGAACCUUUGAAGAGCUGUCUUUUUUUAAGAGCAUCAAAAUCGUAUCUGAUCACACCAAUACAGUCACGCUGUAGUCGAGAAAAGCCCGUUCUGUCUGUAAUUUGCUUAAUCUCUAUCGUGGGGGGUCAUUCUGGAUAGUAUGUAUGUCAGUGUGGCCAACAAAGAACUGAAGGAAGUGGUGGUGAGGGCGGGGAUGUGGGGAGGGGGGGAUGUUCUUUAAAAAGUCAUGACGGUGUCAAACGUCUGUGUUGUGUGUAAUGGAUCAUGUGAUCAUGUGUAGAAUGUAUGUUGGUGUAUUUUCCACUGAAAAACACUGUCAGUAACUCUAAAGUCUGGAAAAAACAUGUUUCACUGUAAUGAGAUGGAAAACAUUUGUAUGACUGCCAAUAAAAUACCCUUAUAAAGAGCA